AUGGGUGCUGUCGGCCGCAUUUUGCAUGCGAAUUACUUGAGAUUUCUGGUUUACUUUAUCUAUUUUACUUAUGAACUCAAUGUGAUCAUAAUAUUCAAAGAGAGCACGUUUUUAGAAUCCACUUGCUUCAUUAUUCCAUUUUCACUUGGAUUAUCAUAUUUUUGGAUUGACUUACAAAAAAUCGAUAAACAAAUGCAACAAUCUAUCGAAAAUUUUUGCUGGUAUCGCAUCCUUAUUGCAGGUGCAGUGGUCUGUUUAAAUGUUUUAUUUCCGGUUGUUAUGAUUCUCAUGUUUCUUGGAGGAUGGAUGAAUAUCCUAGCUUUUGCAGUCAUCCACUCCCUAUUAGUACAUCUACCAAUUGGCUUUGCAAAUAUUCUUUUAGAAUCUGAAUCACCUAUCAAGUAUACUUUUCCAAAAACCACCCAACUAACAAACCUUCAAAAGGUUUCCAUUUUUACAUUUUUCGCCAUUAUGGAAGCCUAUUAUAUCUACUUGUGUACCUGGACUCAUCCAUCUCAAAACGAGUUUAACAUUAUAAACAAAUUAUGGCCAGAAACUAUAUACCUAUGCCCAAUAAUCAAAAUAAUGUCUAUACCAGCAGUCAUUAUAGCGUGUUAUGCACAUAACUCGGCAAAAAUCAAUUUAUCACGUUUGAGACCUGAUGGUGGGCUAGAACUUAUUGAGAUAAGAACUUGGAACCCUACAACAAGAAUCUGGGGAGUUGACGAGAAGCCUGAAGAACAUGGAGUUUUUGAAGUUUAAUGUGUAAAGUAUCCCAAACUACAAUAACCCUACCGUAAUCCUACAGUACCCCUAAAUAUCACCGCAGUACCUUGACUUUAUCCCCAACCAACUCCCAACCCAAUACCUCUUCAAAAGCUUAAACUUUAAAUUUUCCCAAACUACAGGAACCCUUUGUUGAAUUUUAACAGAUUUUUGAGCACGAAUACUACAUUUUAAGACAAUUUCCUCAUUCAUGUUACUUCUUAUUUAAAGAAAUUUAUCAGAAAUUUAUUUAUUGAGGACUAUGUAAUAAA